AAGUGGAUUAAAAAAUAAAAAAUUCCUUUGAAUUACAGUAUAUUGAGGCGAAGCACAUAAACCCUUCGUUCUCGUAACCCUAACAAAAGUGGCGGCCACACCGCCCCGAAAUUAGGGUUUAUCGUCUUCUCCACCUUCUCAUCUUCUCUCUUAAUUAUUCACCAGUGAAAUUAUUGAUUUAGUUUGGAGGUGCAAUGAGAUUGGAGAAGUGCUGGUUCUGUUCUUCUACUGUAUAUCCUGGACAUGGAAUUCAGUUUGUUCGUAACGAUGCAAAGAUUUUUCGAUUUUGUAGAUCUAAGUGCCACAAGAACUUUAAAAUGAAGAGAAACCCUCGUAAAGUAAAAUGGACCAAGGCAUAUAGGCGGGUGCAUGGAAAGGAUAUGACACAGGACUCAACAUUCGAGUUCGAGAGAAAGCGCAACAGGCCUGAGAGAUACGACAGGAAUCUUGCUGAAAAUGUCCUCAAGGCCAUUCCAAAGAUUGAUAAGAUCAGAGUCAGCAGGGAAGAGAGUCACCACAAGAAUAGGAUGAAGGGCAAGAAGCUGAAGGACCAGAAGGAAGAUAUUAAGGAGUAUAACAAUUCCAUCCAUAUAAUUAAAGCUCCUGCUGUGCUUAAAAAUGAGAUCAAAGUGGUGGUGUCCCAACAACAACCGGAAGAAAAUCGUGCCAUGGAAGAGUGAUAUCAAUGCUACACCCCUUUUAAUGUGGCCCAAGUUACAAGUUGAUUUUUCACUUAUUAGUAAUGUGAAUGAUGGAAUUUCGAAACAGAUUUUUGUGGUUUGUAUGUGAUGUUUUUGGAUAAUGAUUUAAUGAUCCAUGAGAUAGUGAACUAUUAUAUAAAGCACAAAUGUAGUCUCCUUGGAUGUCUUGAAUCUAUAAUUUUUCUUGGGAAAAGUCUUGAGACUAAAUAUUUUUUAUAUUGGUCA